GUAUGAUACGCUCAUAUGGGUCGUAUUUGAAGGUUGGUUAUUAUGACCUAUGUUGUCGUUAAGUUGGAGGACGUGUUGGGUGAAGCCCAUAGACUGUAUAUAAAAAGUGUUUGAUGAUGGCAGUAUUGAAGACGUGGUGCCUCCUGCCCCUCGCUGCUCUCCUCCUUCUAUCCAUUGUUCCCACAGCAGCCGAAGUGGUGAGGUCAAUGUCAGACUGUGCAGAGUUUCUUCUUCAGCAAACUCCACCACAAAUCCCAGGAAUCUUGGAGGAAGGGGAAAUCCUGGACCAGAACAGAUACAGACCCAUUUGCCAGACUUGGAUGAACACAAGACGUUUUGUGACGCUCUAUGACACCAAAAACAAGAUCCCGGUGUUUUCAGCUUACAAGUACAGAGGGAAACACGUCGAGGACCCAAAAGAGGGAAGAGGAAAACACCCAUGGAAGACAGAACCACAGCUUGAGACAGAGGACAAGAACAUGAGAGUAGGACCAUUAAGGUACAACCACCAGGCUGUGGACAAUGAUUACAAUAAACGGACAGCGUUCAACAGAGGGCAUUUAUUUCCAAGCAAUUAUGGAUUUACCAAAGAUGACAAAAUAGCUACCUUUACUCUGACCAACACUGUUCCACAAGAACGCAGAUUCAACAGUGGAAGCUGGAACAGAAUGGAGACAUGUGUCAAAUGUGUUAUGGAUAAAUACUGCAUCAACAACAAUGAAAUUCUUGAAGGCUUUCUGGUAACCGGAGCACAGCCCAGCACCAACAACUUGCUCAACAAGAAGGUUAAUAUUCCUUCGAUGCUCUGGUCAGCAUUCUGCUGCUACAGUCACAGUGAAAACAAGUGGCUAGCAAGUGCGCACUGGGGCGACAACAAUGGAGAUACAAAUUCAAUGCCGACUAAGACCUUGGCAGAGCUCCACAAAAAACUGAGCACAGGAGACACAGUAUUUGAAGUGUUUCCUGGAACAUGUCCUCGUGAAACCACUGUCACUGAGUUAUACCCAAAACUAGAUAAAACAUGCCUAUGCCCACUACCCAUUUCAACAUCUGCACCUCCCACCACCACAUCUGCCCCACUUUCUGCCUUAUCUACCUGUUUGAGAUCCCAUUGCACUUCAGAGCCAGUGUUCGUGAAUCAUUUUGGAGGGUUUGAAAAACUUUGUUUGACAGCAUGUCGUUCAGAAACAUUGAGAUCAAGAUAUCUAAUCCAGAGGUGCUGUUUUAUAUUCUCAGCUAGACGGCAUAACAAACGACUUUAUUAUGGUAGUUGAACGUUCAGCCGUGUUUCAGUUCAGUUGAACUUUUCUCUACCAACAGUCUUUUUUAUGCAUUAUUCUGAGCUGUUAAGGAUUAAUUAAUUGAAAAAAAAAAAUUCUUCGGGAUGUUAUUAGAUGAUUUAACCAGCCUUUUCUUCUUCAGUGUGUGUUUGAGUGUUGUUUUAAUGCAUUUAUUUGCCUCAUGUACAACAUUUUGGAUCCCCUCCGUGUUUGAAAGGUAAACUUGCCUCCAACCAAAUGCACAGUAUUUUAUUUAAAUAUUGUUUAAAUCCAGUGAAUUUAUUACAUGACCAGGACCGAACACCAAGGUGCCCAUCACCAGCCCAUCCAGCUCUGCCGGAUGACCCAAAAGGACCUGAUCAAGCAAAACAAAAUUAUAUUUUUGUACAAAACAGACCUUUAAUCAACAUCUCAUCAAACAUCUCUUUUGAAUAUUUUAUAACAUAUAGUGGAAGUAAAGUUAACAAACAUCUUUAACUGCCAUUCUUCCCUGCUUUAAAAGUGUUUAUAUGCAGUAUUUGCCUUUGUUCAUUCUCUUUUGAUCUUUAGAUUUUUCAUAUAUUAAAUUGUUCAACCACAUAUUAAACUGUUUAAUCAAUUUUAUCUUUUGCAUGAUACUGUUAUCUACAUUUCAUGAAAUAAAAAUCUCAACUUCCA